GCAAGAAAGAACAGGGAAACGCACCCCGGGGCCUUGGGAAUCCAAGAAGUGUGUUUCACGUGUCUAUAAAAAGAAUCUGUACAUUGGAGGGAAGCAACGGCAGACCAUCUUCGACAGAGCAAUUCAUCACAGAAAGAGAGAACAGGAGAGAGCGAGAGAGCGAGAGAGAGAGGGACCACAGAGAAGUGCCGUCAGCCUCAAACAACAGACCUGUGGGGUAAACGGGAGGAAAGAGAAAAGGAUAGACUUUGGAAAAAGGCUGAAGAUGGCGUAUGGGCUUUGGCUGUUUGUGGCGGUCUCAGUGUAUAUGUGUAGUUCUGGGGUUGGAGCAGUGUGCUGGGACACCUUCCUUUGCAAAGAACCUGGCUCAAAGGACAAGCAACUGGCUAAAUCCCCAGAGUCCAGUCCCACAGCCCUGGAUUCCAAUGAGGAAAAUCUCUCGCUGGGCGUGCUGUUGGUCAGCCUGGCAGCCGGAGGCAAGAUCCAGCUGUCAAAGCUGGACAACCGAAAUGAAGAGCGACGCUCCUAUGCCAUGGAGCAUUUCCGCUGGGGAAAACCCGCUGGCAGAAAACGUCGGCCCGUCAAAGUCUCCGUCUCUUCUUCUGGGGGCGGUUUCACUCCACAGGUACGCAGGCAGUUGGGGUACAGGGAGAAUGUAGAAAACGGGGAUUUGGUUGUCCAGCAGCCAAAGAGCCUAGAGCUGAAGGCAGUGAAGUACAGCCCUAAAAUGGGCUUCUUGCUGAGCCCACAGGAAAGCAAAAAUGAGACCUAUCGGAUGAGUCACUUCCGGUGGAGCACACCUACACAGAAGCGGCACAGCAUCUUUGCAAAGACAUGGGAUGAGAAAUCUCAGAAAUCCCUGCUCAGGUUUUUUCAGAGCAUCAGCAGCGGGGAUGCACAGUAGAAGAGGUCAGCCCAGCCGGAAGAGACCAACGGCAACUGCAUGUCAUGAAAAGCCGAUGGCUCACUGUUUGAAAUGAUGGGGCCCUCAGUGCAUGCUAUUGAGAUUAUUGUUUUGACCAACAACUUAUUCUGAUACAACUACCUUAUCUAAAGGCUAUUUAACGAGAGGCAAUAGUUUUAUGUUAAAAGCAAAAGCCAUUUAUCAAAAAGCCAUUAACCUACUUCCUGCCUUGACCUUUAUGGCCUUGACCUGAACGCUGUAUCAGCAACAUCAUUUCUCAUGGACAUCAGAACGUCAUUGCUGACCCUAACAAUUUCCCUAAGGAACUUAAGCCACCGAAGGCCUUUCAAAGGUUGGACGUGGGUGUGAGCAGCGUCAUCGAAAUUAUUUUUGUUUUUCUUUUCACACAGCUGUGCUAUGCCGUCAUUUAAAUUAAUCAAAUAAACGUUAUGCAUUUUGUGGCAAACAACGAAGGUGUCGCCUGACUGAUUCUAGACGGGAUGAUGAACCUACGGCCAUCGAGCACACGCUGGAAAGCGAUAUCAAAUCAAAGGCGGGCCUG